AUGCGUCUUUUCUCGCUGGCUUCUCUCGUGGGUCUCUGCAGCGUCGUGGCGACGCCGACGCCACCGGUCUUGCCGCUGGAGCUAUCCACGGUCGUGCAGUCGCUCAAGCCGAUUUUAUCGAGUGUUGCCGAUACCGCGCUUCCCGCGUCUCUCGGGGCGUGCGCCAGCGGCGGGCCCGAGCCGUGCAUGGACAUUGGCAACCUCUUUGCUGUCAAGGCCAACUUUUACGAUGUGAAAGCGCGCUGGGUCUCGGGGCUCAACACGGUGCAGAUCGACACGCUGCAGCUUCUCGUCGGCAAGAACGGCUCGAUGCACGUCGACGUCCGCGUGAGCGUCGACGAGCUGCCCAUUAGUCUCCUGAUCGACGGCUGCAUCCCGAAAAUCGGCUGCAAAACCUUCUUGGACAAUGCGAGCACGUGCUGUGGCGGCCGCAAAACGAUCACGCUCGGCCUCAACGCCACCUGCAGCGAGACGUAUCCGUACCUGCAAAACCUCGUGCUCACAAAAGCCACCAUUGACGGGUCGCUCAACAUUGUCAUGUCGGUCCUCGGCAAAUCGUUUAGCGUCUACGAUGCCACGGCGAUAGCGCAAAAGAAGAUUCUGGCCGGCGUCAACAAGGCGCUCCAAGACCCAACGAAGACGACCCUCCUCAAUUCGUACGUUCGAAAACUCUAUGGCCACAAGGUCUUUUGCACCAAAGAGGCCCAAACCGCGUACCUCGCCAAGCAGCCGCCGCGCAAGCUCCUCGAAAUUUUGACGCCCGACGAGGAGCACUGA